CUCUCAUUUCCAAUGUGUUUCAGAUCUCUCUUCCCAACCACCACAAAAGAUAGUCAUUAUGUCCGGUACGAAAGACGUAGAUUGGGCUGGAGCGGCUGAUGCCCAAGAAAAAUCCCUGAUCAAGCAAGUUGGGGGUCUAGAAGUGGAAGACAAAACGGAUGAGGCAGCCUCUGCGGCCGAGCAAUCGCUUUUUCAAAAGAUUAUUCGAAAAGGGCUGAUCGAGUCUACCCAUGAUCUCGAGAUACAACGUAAAGAUCCCAAAUCGCCCUUGUUCUCGGUGAAGUCGUUCGAGGCCCUCAAUUUGAAGCCGCAAUUGCUCAAAGGGGUUUACGCCAUGGGAUUCAAUGCACCCAGUAAGAUUCAAGAAUCUGCCCUUCCUACGCUCCUAGCAGAUCCGCCUCAAAACAUGAUAGCCCAAUCACAAUCGGGGACCGGAAAGACGGCUGCUUUCGUUUUGGCAAUGCUGAGUCGUGUAGACCAAUCCAAGAAUUAUCCACAGGUUCUUUGCCUCUCGCCCACCUAUGAACUGGCCCUGCAAACCGGCGAAGUUGCAUUGAAAAUGUCCCAAUUCGCCACGGAUUUGUCUCUUCGAUAUGCUGUCCGAGGCGAGGAAAUUGCCCGCGGAAGUAACAUUACGGAUCACAUCAUCAUUGGGACCCCAGGAAAGGUUUUGGACUGGGGAUUGAAAUUCCGCUUCUUCGACCUAAAGAAAAUCAAGGUCUUCGUCUUGGACGAAGCGGAUGUUAUGAUUGCGACUCAAGGCCACCAAGAUCAAUCCAUUCGAAUUCAAAAGCAACUCUCUCGAGAGUGUCAAAUCCUACUCUUCUCGGCCACUUAUGAUUCGACAGUCAUGGAUUUCGCCGAGAAUAUCGUUCCCAAUCCAGUAAUUAUCCAACUCCGGCGCGAAGAAGAGACCGUUUCCAAUAUUAGUCAGUACUGGGUUCAGUGCGAGACGCCAGAAUUAAAAUACACGUCCAUUGCUAACAUUUACGGCGUCAUCACGGUUGGACAAGCCAUCAUCUUCUGUCAUACCCGCAAGACUGCCUCAUGGUUGGCCGAGAAGCUCACCAAAGACGGCCACACCUGUGCCUUGCUCUCCGGAGAAUUGAGCGUUGGAGACAGAAUUGGGGUUCUAGACCGUUUCCGAGAUGGCAAAGAGAAGAUCCUCAUCACCACCAAUGUUCUAUCUCGUGGAAUUGACGUGGAGCAAGUGACCAUCGUUAUCAAUUAUGACCUGCCCGUAGAUCAUACCAACGGUAAAGCCGAUUGUGAAACCUACCUUCACCGAAUCGGACGAACGGGUCGUUUUGGAAAACGAGGCUUGGCCAUCAAUCUUGUGGAUGGCGAGAAGUCUAUGGAAGUUCUCCACGAUAUCGAAAGUCAUUUUGGCAAGCCCAUCGUGAAACUGGACACCGAGGAUGUGUCCGAGAUUGAAAAGCUACAAAAGUAAAUGUCCACGCUAUGUUCGUUUUUAUUUUGCGGAAAAUGCAAAAAAGCAGAAUAAAUAAUAUUUUUCAAUAA